GACGCACGUAAAAAAAGGAAGAACUGAAGAAGUGGAGGAGGGAAGAGAAGAAUGGUGGCCGUUUCGGUUAGGAGCUUCCGUUUGCUUCUCCUCUUCUCGUCCCUUCUUCUUCUGUCGAGCUUCCAUGGCUGCGCCGCCUACAGAAGCCACCGCUGGAAGCACAAGAAGCCCUCCCCUGCCACCUCAUUGGGGAAGAAGAAGGGCAAGAGCGGCAGCAAUGGCAGCGGCAAGAAACACGGCUCCCCCGUCGCUCCGGCGCCUGAACACUCUCCCCCACCUGCCGGCUCUCCCCCACGCGACUCCGGCGUCAUUUUCGACGUCAUUGACUUCGGAGCUAAAGGUGACGGCGUGACGGAUGACACUAAGGCAUUUGAGGAAGCAUGGGCUGCCGCGUGCAAGGUGGAGGCGUCGACGGUGGCGGUGCCGUCGGACUUCGAGUUCGUCGUCGGGCCGAUCUCAUUUUCCGGCCCAUAUUGCGAGCCCAAUAUCGUUUUCCAGCUGGACGGCACGAUCCUCGCGCCGGCGAGCUCGAAGCCGUGGGGCUCAGGGCUGUUGUGGUGGAUCGAGUUCACCAAGCUCAGAGGGCUAACCAUUCGAGGUCAGGGCGUCGUCGACGGCCGCGGAGCCGCCUGGUGGGGCGGAGCUGAGUCAUAUGAUCCGAUAAUCAAUGAGAUGCUGAAAGUGGGAAUGCCAAGCAUCAAACCAACGGCUUUGCGGUUCUAUGGAAGUACCAAUGUCACCGUCACCGGCAUAACGAUCCGAAACAGCCCCCAGUGCCACCUGAAGUUCGACAGCUGCAUGACGGUAUCAGUCUACAACAUGACAGUUUCAUCCCCUGGGAAUAGCCCAAACACAGAUGGAAUCCACUUGCAGAACUCUGUGGAUGUAGUAGUGCACCACUCAAACUUGGCCUGCGGAGACGAUUGUGUAUCCAUACAAACUGGCUGCUCGAACAUCCGCAUACAUGAUAUCAACUGCGGGCCUGGGCAUGGAAUCAGCAUCGGCGGGCUCGGCCGAGACAACACCAAGGCUUGUGUCUCAAACAUAACGGUGCGAGAUGUAGUGAUGCAAAGCACAAUGACAGCAGUCAGAAUUAAAACUUGGCAGGGAGGCUCCGGCUCUGUUCAAGAUGUACUCUUCUCAAAUAUCCAGGUUUCUGAGGUGCAGUUCCCCAUCGUGAUUGAUCAAUUCUAUUGUGACCGGAGCUCGUGCAGGAACCAGACGUCGGCAGUAGCAUUGGCCGGCAUAACUUACGAGAGAAUAAGAGGCACUUACACCGUUAAACCGGUGCAUUUUGCUUGCAGUGAUGAAGUUCCGUGCACAGAUGUCAUCUUGAACCGAAUUUCACUCGAACCGAUUCAGGAAUCAUACCACAUGUAUCAGCCAUACUGUUGGCAAGUUUUUGGAGAUCUCCAAACUCCCACAGAGCCGCCGAUAGAUUGUCUGAUGGUUGGAAAACCUGCCAAGGCUCAUACGCAGUCGGAUCGAGAUGCAUGCUGAGCAUCAAUACAUCAUACGAUCUUCAGGAGCCAUGUUCAUCUUUGUAAGUUAGAGCCUUAGAAAUUCCAUACCAGAUAUGCCAAUUUUUGCGAGUCAUAGCAGGAGCUUUAGCAGCAGAAUCCAGCUACAGAGACAUGGUGUAUAUGUAUGUGUGGUUUGAUGUUGCUUCGACCCCGGCAUACCAUCAUUCUAUGUGUUCAUAUUAAUUUAUUUAGUCCUGUAUUGAUAUUCCA